UGCAUUUCACGAUAAAAUCAAAUACAUACUGUACCCCAACCACCUUCAUCUUUCCUACUAAAAAUCCCAAUUCCCUUUCCUUCCUCAUCCUUUCCAAUCUCAAACAAUCAAUAUCUCCAAUUGUCAGAAAACUUCCCUGAAUCUCUGAAUCCCUUCAUCCGACUUUCAAAGAGUUCUCAUCUCAUCUCCAACCUGUCGAAUAAUCAUUAAUUGAGUUGUUUACUCCCUUCAACAAAAAUUCGCCUUCAAGAUGUUUAUCAAAUCGAUCGUCGGUCUCAGCAUCGUUGCUCUCGUUGCAGCUCAAAGCAGCAGCUCCAACGCCACCAUUGAUCCAAACUCAAUUGAUCCUUCGAUGAGAGGUAAUUACCAUCAAAAUCUAUCUUCUGAUAGAAUAAUAGAUAUUAAUCGAUUACAGCUCAAUGGUGUAAUGCCCAACUCAAUACUUGCGGUACUUUGUGCAAUGGUGCUGUCAACGACAACACCUGUGACACUGUAAGUAACUCAUCUGCACCGCACUGCCUUGAUUUUGGUGCUUGCUAUCAAGCUUUUAUCAUAUACUGAUUUGAGAUUCGCGAUAGACUGACUUGAACUACACCUGUACCUGCACUUCAAAUUCGUCCACACCAGGUCUUCAAUACUACACUCAAACCUUACCAACUUAUAUUUGCGAACAAGUUUUCUCCAACUGCAUUGCCGCAGGUGAAAAUGAUGCCGCGGCUCAAAAGCUUUGCAGUCAAAACGAAGCCACCAACUGCGGUCAUUUGGAUCCAGACAAGUACGUCCCUGCUGCCGCCUCUUCCUCCAGUUCAAGUGCCUCCGCAACCGCUACCCGUACAUCAACUACCGCCGCUUCCGCCACUUCCGCAUCCGCCUCCGCCACUGCUUCCACUGGUGCCGCUUCAGCUUUGAACAUUGGUCGUGAAUAUGGUACUGGUAUUCUUGCUGCAGGUAUUGCAGGUGUCUUUGGUUUGGUUCUUUAAAAAAGGUGUCCGGAAGAUGGAUUUGGGAAUAAUACAACAAUCUUUGUAUUUUUGCAAAGAGCAUGGGAAACUCUCUGUAUCAUCCAAUGAUGAUCAUGUGCAUAAUCAUUGUCUUUUUGUUUUUUUAGCGCGUGUUUAUUCUUUUCUGAUUGGCAUUGGUGUUUUUGGUUCGUGGUUUGUCACGUUUCUACAUCAAACUAUAUUCAUUUGAUGUCCUCGAGGGCAUUGAAGAAGUGGCUGAGCUGCUAGGGUUAUAAGAAACAGAUAUUUUAAUACUGAUCAAAGGGGAUGAUUAAUGAUGGUGAUGAGAGUGGACAAUGUUGGCUUUUUAAGCUUAUCAUUGAUACCAUGUUUAUAUACUGGCGUAGCAUAGCAUAGUAUAUACAAAUAAUUCGAUUGUGCACGCCAGAAGUUUUUGAUUGAUGAUGGGUGGUGAUUGACUUGUGUGUGUGUAUGUAGAUG